AUGGCGCCUGUCCCAACAACUUUCGACGCCCCCCACUUGAACGAUCCAUCUUCACUUGACGGCACCGCCAAGAGAUCCAAACCACUCGCCUCUUCGCCUUCGCUCUCCGGUUUCCUUAAGAAGGGCGCACCCAUUGUUGCUAUCUCGUCUCCCGCUCCCUCUUCCAACAACAUCAUGCCCAACUCUGGAAUUGACCUCGCCUCGCAACGUCGCGAUUGGUCCGGCUUCUCUUCAAGCCCAGACAGCUCGCCCGAUGUCGAAUCAGCAGCACCGAGUCUCACGACCGGCUCCACCUCCGCAUCCGUAGAGAGCCUCGAGUCGGUUCAGGACGCGCAUCAGCGCAGUCUCACCGCCCGUUUCAACGCGGGCAAGGGCGAUGUCUCGUCAUUUGGCACCAUCAACGGCUUGGCAUACAGCGCAGCUUCCAUGCAGCCUCCAACCAGCUUCGAGAGCAGCCACGACGGCGCCGACCUCAUCCACUCCGAGUUCGGCUACUGUGCCAAUCCAGACUACCGCUACACUUCGGAACACCGCAAUGGAGACUCGCUCCCCAGCCCAAUCGAGGAAGAACCCAGCUACUUCACCGUGCUCACCACGUACAUCAGCUACAUCAUCCUCAUUCUCAUCGGACACAUGCGCGACUACACUGGAAAACGUCUCUUCCCCAAGAGCUACCACCACCUCAUGGAGCGCGACGGCUACGCUGCGCUCAACUCGGAUUUCGACAGCUUCUACACUCGUCGUCUCAAGGCCCGUAUGGAUGACUGCUUCAGCCGUCCCGUCACUGGCGUCUGCGGUAGGACCGUCGUCUGCCUCGACCGUGUUGCGCUAGACUACCACCAGACCUUCCGUCUGACCGGCGACAAGACCCGUGCCCUCAACAUCAGUGCCUACAACUAUCUUGGUUUCGCUCAGUCUCACGGCGGUUGUGCCGAUGCCGUCGAGGCCUGCCUGCACAAGUACGGUGUCAGCAGUUACGGCAGCCGCCUCAGCGCCGGUCACCUCGACCUGCAGAAUCAGACCGAGAAGCUGGUGGCCAAGUUCGUGGGCAAAGAGGAUGCCGUCGUCAUCAGCAUGGGCUUUGCCACCAACAGCACCACCAUCCCUGCCAUCGCCGGCGCUGGGACCUUGAUCAUUUCGGACGAAUAUAACCACAGCUCGAUCCGCUUCGGUGCGCGUCUCAGUGGCGCGCAUAUCCGCCAGUACAAGCACAACAACAUGAAGAAGCUCGAGUCGCUGCUGCGCGAGUGCAUCAGCCAGGGUAUGCCUCGCACUCACCGCCCAUGGAAGAAGAUCCUUCUCAUUGUCGAGGGUCUUUACUCGAUGGAGGGCACGCUCGUUAACUUGCCCGAGGUGAUGCGUCUCAAGGAAAAGUACAAGUUCCACCUGUACAUCGACGAGGCUCACUCGAUCGGUGCGAUUGGUCCGCAGGGCCGAGGUGUGUGCGAUUAUUUUGGCGUCGACCCUGCCAAGGUCGAGAUCCUCAUGGGUACCUUUACCAAGUCAUUCGGUGCUGCUGGAGGUUACAUUGCCGGCGACAAGAACAUCAUCGACCGGAUUCGCUUGACCAACCAUGCCAACGUCUACGGUGAGACGCUCUCGCCUCCCGUCUUGACCCAGAUUGUUGCUUCGAUGGCUUCCAUCAUGGGCGUGGGACAAGACCCCGAGGAGCUGGCGCUGUUGCCAAGCUGGGUGCAGCUGCCGCGAAACUUGCUGGAUGGCAGUGAAGGACGCGAACGAUUGCGACGACUUGCCUUCAACGCGCGAUACCUCAGUAGCGGUCUGCGCAAGCUCGGUUUCAUUGUGUAUGGCCAUCGCGACUCGCCGAUCGUGCCGCUGCUCAUCUUCCAGCCUGCCAAGAUGUCGCUGUUUUCGCGAAUGAUGUUGGACAGGUCUUCGGUGCUCCCCCCCUCGCAGCGCUUUGCCGCCGAGGAGUCCGACAUGUCGCCGGAAGAGCUCAAAGCGUUGGAGGACCCGGCUUCGCCCGCCAACAUCGAGCGUCCUGCGCGUCCGCCAAUCGUGGUCGUCGUGGUGGCCUACCCUGCCACGCCGUUGAUCUCGUCGCGUGUGCGAUUCUGUGUCAGUGCGUCGCACACCAAGAAGGACAUUGACGACGUGCUGCGUGCGUGCGAUGAGGUGGGCACGUUGCUGCACUUGAAGCAUGGCUCAGGUGGCCCCGGUGGGCGAUGGAGCGUGGAGAAGGUUGUAGAGAGGUGUUUGGACCUUGUCCACUGGAAUGGCGAGGAUCCUAUCAACUAG